AUGGCUGAUGCCGCUGGUACCGUCAUUCCGGCUUCUACGCCAACCGCUACUAAUAUUUUGUCAUUUGCGAAUGGCGUGUCUCUUACUCUCGCAGGCGAUUCCCUAGUCGUAAAAGACAAGGCCCAUGCAAAACGACACCGACGGAAGUUUUGCGGCGUUGGUAUUGGUGGCACGUCUUCCGAACUUCCAAUCCCUCUUUACAAUGUGCUCUGGGCAGAAAUCGUUGCCAACGAAUCCCUAACCAUCGACUACGCAAAUCCGAUAUCCAAAAGUCACCUUCGCGUCACCAAGUUAACAUACCCGACCGCUGAGCUUACCCCCGAAGUAGUGAACCCGUGGAUCGAUAAUCUACUCAAGCAAGCCUACAAGACAGCUCAACCAAAUAAACGCGCCAAAGUGUUGGUCAAUCCACACGCGGGACCUGGUGGUGCAGACAAGGUCUGGGAACACGAUGUGAAGCCGAUAUUCGAGGCGGCGCGUAUGACACUGGAUGUGGUGCGAACUAAGUACUCCGGCGAAGCGAUCGAAAUUUGCGAAAACCUUGAUAUCGACGCCUUCGAUAUCAUAGUUCCUUGCUCCGGCGACGGAUUGCCCUACGAGUGCAUCAAUGGAUUGGGUAAGCGUUCUGAUGCACGUAAAGCCCUGCGCCAGGUUGCUAUAGCGCACAUGCCGUGUGGAAGUGGGAAUGCGAUGAGCUGUAACCUAAACGGCACGCAUAAAGCAAGCAUCGCGGCACUCGCUAUUGUCAAAGGCGUAAGGACACCGAUGGAUCUGAUGAGUGUCACGCAAGGCGAUAGGCGGACACUUAGCUUUUUGAGUCAGUCGGUGGGCAUUAUAGCGGAAUGCGAUCUGGGAACGGAAAAUCUGCGCUGGUUGGGCGCUGCGCGCUUCCAUGUAGGUCUCAUACAAAGGAUAUUUAGCAAAAAGGUAUAUCCUUGUGAUAUCGCGAUGAAAGUUGAGAUACCAGAAAAAGCGGAUAUCAAGGCACAUUACAAGCGCGAACAGACGGAAUCCGACUACACUACGCGAAGAGAGAAAGACGUCGUAAGUGUAAGGGAAGCAUCCUUGGCCGCUGACUCUACUACCAGCGAAACGGACAGUGGAGAGGGAUUGCCACCGUUGCGAUUUGGGACCAUCAAUGACAAGCUCCCUGAUGACUGGGAGAAGGCGUCGUAUGACAAGCUAGGAAAUUUCUAUUGUGGAAACAUGGCGUGGAUGGCGCCCGAUGCCAACUUCUUCCCAGCAGCGUGCCCCAAUGAUGGCUUGAUAGACGUUGUAUUCAACAAUGGCGACAUCUCAGCGGCCAAGUACGUGGAACUGCUCACCUCCGCUGAGACCGGUCAUGUAUUUGACAAUCCUCAUGUGACGUAUCGAAAAGUCGCCGCGUAUCGGUUCACCCCUCGUAAUCAGAAGGACGGAUAUAUCAGCAUCGAUGGUGAACAUACCCCAUUUGAGCCUUUCCAAGUUGAGGUUCAUCAAGGACUAGGUACGGUACUAUCAAAGAGUGGCAAGUACGAAGCAGCUGGUCCACCAGAUUGGGAGAAGGUCGGUGCGUGAAAUUGACGGACGUUGGCGAAAAAAAAAAUGUAUUAGGCUGGUUAUGAGAUACCCCAAGGUAGACGUAGACUUGUAGACUCGUCUUGUAAACAUAGGUGUGCACAGCUUUUGCUGUGAUUUGUGUAUAUUGAUCGG